AUGUCAUCCUCCUCCAAACAGCCAUAUAGCGUCCGCGCAAAAAACCAUCCCAAUCCCCUCGUCCGCAAGCUAUUCGCCAUCGCCGAAGCCAAAAAGACAAACGUCACCGUCUCGGCCGAUGUGACGACUACAAAACAACUCCUCGAUCUUGCCGAGCAGCUCGGUCCCUACAUCGCCGUCUUCAAAACCCACAUCGACAUUCUCUCCGACUUCAGCCCGGAAACCACCAGCGGCCUCAAAGCAAUCGCCGAAAAACACAACUUCCUAAUCUUCGAAGACCGCAAAUUCAUCGAUAUCGGCAACACAGUCCAGAAACAAUACCACGGCGGCGCGCUACGCAUCUCCAAAUGGUCUCACAUUAUCAACUGCGCAAUUCUGCCUGGUGAAGGGAUCGUACAAGCAUUAACCCAAACCGCCAAAGCGACCGAUUUCCCUUAUGGGGAGGAAAGAGGUUUACUCAUACUCGCCGAAAUGACAUCGAAGGGCUCUCUAGCCACCGGCGCGUAUACCACGCGCUCGGUGGAUUAUGCGCGUCGAUACAAGGAGUUUGUUAUGGGGUUUGUGUGUAAUCGCUCCCUGACGGAGGAGCAGUCUACGGAGACGACAGCGGCAGAUGACGAGGACUUUGUAGUGUUUACGACGGGAGUGAAUCUUGCGUCUGCGGGCGAUGCGUUGGGUCAACAGUAUCAAACGCCACAGAGCGCAGUGGGCAGAGGGGCAGAUUUUAUUAUCGCGGGAAGAGGGAUAUACGCUGCGCCGGAUCCGGUAGAGGCUGUUAAGCAGUAUCGGGAGCAGGGGUGGAAGGCUUAUCUGGAGAGGGUUGGACUGGCUGAGUAA